CUUUUAUGAAUUAGUGUGAGCUAAAAUGUUCAGUCCCUAAUCAUAAUUUGAUGAUUUAGUUUGUUUGUUUUAAUGAUUCAUGCUCUGAAUUUAGAUUAGCAUGUUUUGAGUGUUUUUAAAAUGGUCGUCAUAGUGCUCACCCAAAAGAUCUAAAGUAAAUGCCAGAUUUAUUAGAAUAUUUAAAAAUGUAGAGAGAUGAACAAAAUCAAAAGAUGGAUGAAAUUAUUGAAAUAUAAGAGACAGUCAAUAGAAAAUUAGAAGAAUAUAAAUAAAGUAUUAAAUAUAAAUUUACAAUUCCAACUCAUAAACUAUAAGAAAUAAAUCCAACGAAAAUAAAUGAUGUUCUAACCUCUUCAAUUAAAUUUAAAUCUGGUGAUAUACUCUAACAUCAAAGCCUUCAUUAAAUGGCAGAGACUUUUAUUAAAUCCUUAGAUGAUUCAAUGUAAGAACUUAACUUAAAUGAAGAAGAUAAAUAAAACAUCUAAGAAGCUAUUUUAUAAUAGAGUUCAAGAGAUUUAUAAACCUCAAGAAUCUCUUUUAAACCAUUUUAAUUUAAAUUGAUUGACUCUAUAAAUGAAGAAGAAUGGUGUAAUUCUAUCAGUUUUAAUAAAUAAUCUUAAAUAAUGAUUGCUGGAUGUAGAGAUGGUGUUAUAAAGAUAUUUGAAUUUAAAUAAGGAAAAAUAAGUAGACUCUCCUAAAAUAGAGAACAUACUGACUAUGUUAGAUGUAUAUAAUUUAUGAAAAAAACAAAUUCUUUUAUUUCUGCUAGUGAUGAUAAAACUAUAAUUGUUUGGAAUAUAGAUGAAAUAGGAUUAUCUGAAGUUAAGUAAAAAUUAAUUGAGCAUUAAGGAGGUAUUAAUUCAUUAUUGAUUAACAUGAAUGAAGAUUUAAUAAUUUCUGGAAGUGAUGAUAAGAGUAUUAAAUUUUGGAUGAAAUAGAAUUUUUGGAGUUGUCAACAAACUUUGAAUAUACAUGAUGCCAGCAUUAGAAGCAUGAGUUUAAAUUAUAGUUCAAAUUAAUUGAUUUCUUGUGCAUAAAAUGAGACUGUAAUAAAUGUAAGUUAAAAGUAAUCAAAUAAUAUGUGGAUACUAGUUUAAAAAAUACAAUAAGAAGGAUAUAGAUUAUGUUAUAUAAAAGAUAAUAUCAUUACUGUUUAACCUAGAAAUCAAAAAACAAUGUUUGUAUUUAAAUUCAAUUAAUCUAAUAAUUAAUUUAAUUUAGAAUAAGAAGUUUAAAAUUUAAAUGGAUAAAAUUGUAGAUGUUUUUUUCCUUAAUAAUUUAUUAAAUAAAAACAGCUUUUGGUAAAUAAAAAUGGAAAUUAUAUUAAUUUAAUUAGAAUAAAACAAAAUGGAGAAUUUAUUUUAGAAUAAUCUAUUUAAUUUGAAAAUUCUGAUAUUUAUGGAGCAAUAACAGAUGAUGGAGAGUAUUUAGUAACCUGGGAUACUUAUACAAAUAAAUUACAAGUAUUUUAAUAUCAAGAAUGA